CGGAGGGGUCUUUCGCUCAUCAUGGAAAAUCACAAAGAAAAAAUGUGAAAAAAAUACGAAAGGGGUGGGAAGCACGAAGCGAAGAAAUGAAGCGGAAGAGAAGCGGAAGAUGCGGGAAGGAAGGGGGAGGGCGAAGGACGGCCUCCUAGAAGUCGAAGUGUUAUGAGACUAAGGUUGGGGCGGCCCGGGCCGGCGGGAGAUGCGGGAAUGGAAGCCCCAGCACUUCCUCCCGCGGGUGGUGACGGGCCGGGCGCUGCUGUCGCGCCGACAGCAUCGGGACCUGCUGGCCGCGCCCAACUUCCGGCACGACCGCAGCCUCCCCCAGGGGCCGCAGCCCAACCUCAUGCUGGGGCCGGUACCCAUCUGGCCGAUCCGCGGCAGCACCAAGAAGGCCGUGUGCUCGCCGAGGGUCGAAGAGCUGGCAUACCCCAGGGUUGGCUACACGACGCAACCGGCGAGCUUGGUGGAGAUCGGGUCGGUGUCGAGGAGUGCCCUCAAGGCCAGACCCUCCCCCCGCAUUGUGGAGAUGUCUCACCCGAAGGUCACGUACAUGGUCGGGCUGACGGUGGCGAUGCAGGAGAGCCUGGGCGGGCCCUUCAAGGAGCGGAUGCGCAGCCGCAUCGUGGACACGCUGGGGACUUCGUACGCCGAGCUCGCCCUCGGGCCGCGCGCCUCAGACAUGCGCCAGUUCUACCAGCAGCAGCAUACGCAGAUGCCGUUCGAGCCGUUCCCUGGCGGCCCUGGAACCCCCGGCGGUGUGGGCCCCGCGGGGCCGGGCUCCGGGACGGGGUUGUCGCAGAGGUCGCUGAGCAAGGAGGAGCGCCAGCACUGGGAGGCGGCAAGGUCCCGGCCCAAGCGUGACUUCACCGUGUACCAGCGCGUACCGGAGAGGAAGAGCGUGCCUUACAAGAGGUUGUUGCCGAGGUUGGAAGUCCUCAGCACACCGUCUGAGCGGUACCGAAGUAAAUCCGAAGACAGUCAGUGGGAUCCGUUCAAGGUCUCCGAGCGGGCCAAGACCGCGGUGGCUUCGAAUCGACUGGAAAAGCUGGCCCGGCCCAGGUCCUAUCCUCAGGUUGAAUGAACCUGUCUCCCUCCUCAACUCGUCACGCCCCCCGUCAACUGAAUUUUCGCAAGCGACUCUGGUAGCUCGUCGCAACUCUCAGGCUCUCGUGCAGAGCCGUCCAACGAUGUCUAACCUGCGGAGCCGACGAGGGGUCCAACACGGUGGGAGUCGGCCAAGCUUGCCGCCCCGUGUUCAAAUUUGUGCUGCUAUGGUCUGGAGUAGAACAGGGUUUCUGACUAGACGAUCCCACGGCGGGAAUAAAUUCUGCAUGUAAA